AUGAAUGGUUCGGGUAGUGUAGCCUGGGAAACAUUGUGUAAAUCAAAGAAAGAAGGAGGCUUGGGGCUUUUGGAUAUUAAAGAAUGGAACUUAGCAGCUAUUAUGAAGCAUGUAUGGGCGGUGGCGAACAAGAAGGAUAAUCUAUGGAUAAAGUGGAUCCACUGUGUCUAUGUUAAGCAAGAGGAUUGGUGGAGCUAUAAAGCUCCAUCAAAUUGCAGCUGGUAUUGGAAAAAGGUAGUCGAGGCCAAAGAGAAAGUGAAGAUUUUGGCAGACUGUGAUCAAUUUACUAAAGGAGAGUACAAAAUUGCAGAUGGCUACAAGAUGUUGACUCCCCAACAGCAGCAAGUUCAUUGGUGUAAAGAGCUCAAGCAAUGGCUGAAUUGGCAUGCAAAAUCUAGUUGUGUCCAGGGGCUGUUAAGGUGGAUAGGAAGGAGCAAGAUGAGCAGUUUUAAGAAACAGGUGUAUGCUUCCUCUCUCGCUGCUCUGGUUCACCGAAUAUGGUUAGCCAGAAAUGAUAAAAUGUGGAACCAGCAGGAUGUUUCUGUGCAUCAAAUCUGCCAGCAAGUAUCUUGGCAAGUCAAAACGCGAAUCUCAUGUGUCAAGCCGAAGAAAAUGAAGCAAGGGGCAGAUUGGUGGCAAUAUAGUGCUAACACAAAUGAUAGCUGGUAUUGGAGAAAAUUAGUUGCUUUGAAGGGUAAGGUCAUGGAACUUUUUGAUGAAAAUGAAAGACAAAAGUGCUGUACUCAGUAUAAUGUAUCUCUCGGCUAUACAAAGUUGAAACUUGCUGGUGUGAAAAAACAGUGGACAUCUGUGGUGUGGAGUAGAUUGAAUUGUCCCAAGCAUAGUUUUAUUUUAUGGCUCUCCAUGCUUCAAAGAUUGAAGACAAAGAAUCGAAUGAAGGUGUACAGACCUGAGAUUGACAGUUGCUGCCAUUUAUGCAGCAGUAAUGAAGAAGAGAGUGUUGAUCACCUCUUUUUUGCUUGUUCUUUCUCCCGAGAAUACUUUGAUUUGGUUAAAAACUGA